UCCAGAAUCACCACGAAUUCAGGCAUCAUGUCCACCCCAAUCUCCCCUCCCCCCUCCCUCUCACAGUUGACACUGGCCUCCCCUGCAUCAGUGACCUCCCCUGGCACCUCCCCUCUGCCCUCGCCGCUCUCCCCUCCACCCAGGGUUCCCGUGUUCCAGAGGAAGGGAGCGCUCAAACACAAGAGGAUCGUGGAGGUGAAAGAUCAUCAGUUCACAGCCCGCUUCUUCAAACAGCCCACCUUCUGCAGCCACUGCACCGACUUCAUCUGGGGCAUUGGCAAACAGGGAUUCCAAUGUCAAGUUUGCAGUUUUGUGGUGCACAAAAGAUGUCACGAGUUUGUGACCUUCACUUGUCCUGGCUCCGUGACGUGCCCAAAGCCAGAUGACCUGAAGAGUCGACACACAUUUAAGAUCCACACCUACUCCAGCCCAACCUUCUGUGAUCACUGCGGCUCGCUGCUGUACGGACUCAUACACCAGGGCAUGAAAUGUGCCUGUUGUGACAUGAAUGUCCAUCGGCGCUGUGAGACCAGUGUUCCCAGUCUCUGCGGCCAGGACCACACAGAGAAGAGAGGGAGGAUCCACCUGACCAUCAGGGGAGAGUCCGAGGACGUUUAUGUCACAGUGCGGGAGGCUCGUAACCUGAUGCCCAUGGAUCCAAAUGGCCUUUCAGACCCAUAUGUUAAACUGAAAUUGAUUCCAGACCCAAAGAGCCACAGCAAACAGAAAACCAAGACCAUUCGCUCAACACUGAAUCCCGUCUGGAAUGAGAGUUUCACCUUCUCAGUGCGCGGUCACCAGUGGGACAGGCGAUUGUCUGUGGAAGUGUGGGACUGGGACCGCACAUCCAGGAAUGACUUCAUGGGAGCGCUGUCAUUCGGAGUGAGUGAGAUCUUCCGGCGUCCCAUCAGUGGCUGGUUCAAACUGCUGGCUCAAGACGAAGGAGAAUAUUACAACAUCCCUGUGCCAGACCCUGACCUGCAGGAGCCUCAGCCAGAAGCCACAACCACCUCUUUGCCUCCUGGGAUGCCCGUCUCAGUGUCUGAAGGGUUCCCUCCAGCCAUGUCUCCAACUCUUGUAUCAUCCUGCCAACCUAUCCACACUCCAAGCCCUGCCAAAGUAAAAGUGGGCAUCAACGACUUCAACUUCCUCAUGGUGCUGGGCAAAGGGAGCUUUGGCAAGGUACUGCUGGCAGAGGAGCGAGGCAGCGAGCGUCUGUUUGCCGUCAAAGUGUUGAAGAAAGAUGUUCUUUUCCAGGAUGAGGACACAGAGAGCGCCCUGGUGGAGAGGAGGGUUCUGGCGCUUUCCUCUCGCCCGCACUUCCUCACAUCGCUCUACUGCGCCUUUCAAACUGAGGAUCGUCUGUAUUACGUGAUGGAGUAUGUCAACGGAGGAGACCUGAUGUUCCACAUUCAGAUAGUCGGCAAGUUCAAAGAGCCUCAUGCGGCGUUUUAUGCAGCAGAGAUCGCAGUUGGCCUCUUUUUCCUUCACAGCCAGGGCAUCAUCUACAGGGAUCUGAAGCUGGAUAACGUGCUGCUGGACAGCGAGGGACACAUAAAGAUAGCUGACUUCGGCAUGUGCAGGGAGGGCAUGUUUCAGGGCGACACCACACGCACCUUCUGCGGCACCCCCGACUACAUUGCCCCUGAGAUUGUGGCAUAUCAGCCAUAUGAUAAAGCGGUAGACUGGUGGUCCUAUGGAGUGCUGCUGUAUGAAAUGCUGGCAGGGCAGCCACCGUUUGAUGGUAUAGACGAGGAGGAGCUGUUUCAGUCCAUCAUGGAGCAGUGUGUCUCGUACCCAAAAAGUCUUUCUCGUGAAGCCGUCGCUAUCUGCAAGGGACUCCUUACAAAGAACCCGAUCAAGCGUCUGGGUGCAGGAGAAGAUGCAGAGAGAGAAAUCAGGGAGCAUCCGUUCUUUCGUUGGAUUGACUGGGACCGUCUGGAGAGACUGGAGCUCCCGACACCCUUCAAACCCAGAACUGGCGGGAAAAAGGGGGAAAAUUUUGACAAGUUCUUCACAGCAGCUCCAUCAGCGCUCACUCCCUCUGACCCAGAAAUCCUCGCAGCUAUGAACCAGGAGGACUUCGAGGGCUUCUCCUUCCAGAACCCAGACUUUGCUCCUUCACCUCUCACUGCAGUUUGAAAACGGCUCCCUGCUCCACCCAAAUCUCCCUGUCGUCUCCUUUAAUAGUAGUUUUUUAACAAAGAAUGAGAACAUGACUAUUAAAGACACCUCUCAUAACCAAAUUCUGUUUACAUGAUGAUGCCAAGACACCUUUGUAUCCAUGCACCCUUUUGAUGUCUGUAUUUUAUCUUGAUAGUCACAGGAUAUGUUGCAAACAAAGACAUUUAUUAUUCUGUAGAGUUGCAUCCUUUUCCUUUACCUGAUAGAAUGAUUGAAGAGUACUGUAGUAUCAAACUGGUAAAUGAAUCUAUUUGCAUGCAAUGUUUGUAGAAUGAAAUGCUCUGACACACUAGUUUUCUAUAGCGUAGAAUAUCCAAGAAGAUAAAAAAGUAAAGAGAAUUUAUUUAAAUCUUCUACCUUUGAAUGAGCAGCAGUCAGGUUUCUCUUUGACUUUUUAGCCAUUGCAGCUCUGCUCUAACACAUGACUACUACUGUUUCCUAGCAGGUUUAUUCCAGUGUAACAUUGAAUUUCUACACAGUUGAGUGAUUCAGCAUCAAGCAAGUCAGUUCAGUCUCUUUUUUUUGUAUCAGACUAGCAGCUCGGUCACGUUCCUCUGGCCUGGCCCGACCUCUUGUUUUUUACGUCACACCAGUGACCCCAGCUGACCCGCUGAGAGCCUGAAACAACACAGCCUGCACAGUUAAUGUGACAGUUAAUGUAGGCUGCUGUGCUGCCCCCCCAGCUCAGUCCCACUCUGCUAUUACAUUACUGCCUCACAUCCAGAUGCAUCUUUUUCUCCACGUGUUAGUAUUUUCCCUGAACAAGCUGUGAAACUCCAUCCACGCUGCAACAUGCUGAAGUUUGCCCAUAAUUAUGGCAAAAUAAUCACACUUAGUAAUUAUGCGUCCUAAUGGUGUUUUCACCACAUGAAAGACGAAGUUAUUUCUUUUUUCUGCUCUUUUUUUAUGUAUACGAUAAGCUUUUUGCUGUGUAACGACACACUCAGAGCAUUGAUUUGGGGUAAUUAAAAGUGAAGCUCACUGGGACUGUUCAAUACAUGGAAAAAAAAUAGCAGCGCUGUCAUUAAACAUUAUCUGAGCGGUGCAGGUGGCUGCAAACGUCCAGUGAAAUAAUCCUAUUUCAGAGCUCCUAUCUCACAAACCAGCCACAGAAAUCAUUAAGUCCUCUAAGGUAUCUUUCUGUCUUUUUUCUUUAUGAUUUUUUAACAUUUCCACCUAAAAAGGAGCUAACUUUCCUUUAUGUGUGGCCCUUUAACAGCAGUUAAAGGUCAGAGCAGUUAAUCCAAGCUGAUGUCAAAAUGUCACAACACAA